GCAGUCGAAGAGAUGAUGGAUAGAAUUAAAAAGGGAGUUCAUCUUAGACCAGUUAAUCAGACAGCCAGACCGAAGACAAAGCCAGAAUCUUCAAAAGGCUCUGAAAGUGCAGUGAAUGAACUAAAAGGAAUACUGGGGACACUUAACAAAUCCACUAGUUCAAGAAGCUUAAAAUCCCUUGACUCUGAAAACAGUGAAACUGAGUUAGAAAGGAUUUUGCGUCGCAGAAAGGUGACGGCAGAAGCAGAUAGCAGUAGUCCUACCGGGAUAUUAGCCACCUCAGAGUCCAAAUCCAUGCCAGUGUUGGGUUCUGUAUCCAGUGUAACAAAAACAGCCUUGAACAAGAAAACUCUGGAGGCAGAAUUCAACAGCCCGUCCCCCCUAACACCUGAGCCAGGUGAAGGGCCCCGUAAAUUGGAAGGAUGCACAAGUUCCAAGGUUACAUUUCAGCCUCCCAGUAACGGUGGAUACAGGAGGAAAUACGUGGGCAGUAGUGAAAGACAAGCUGAACCCGUUAUAGUGUUAGAUCCUGUUUCCACACCUGAACCCCAAACCAAAGACCAGGUCGCUGAAAAAGAUCCAACUCAAUGCAAGGAGGAUGAAGGCAAAAUGAAACCAGAAUACAAAGAAGACAGCGUUGAAAAAAUGAGAGAAACAGACAGCUCCAGCUGCUGAUCCGUAAGCCAGAAGGCUGACCUGUUGGAAGUCCUUUUCAAUAAGCACAUGCUUUGUUUUGGUGUGUUGUCAAGGGCUACAGAUAUUUUGUUCUGGUCACUGUAUUCACAAUACAGGUUCUUUCCUGGUUAUCACUUUUGUA